UCCUACGGCUGCGCACACGGGCUCGGGACUGUCAUGUGAUUUCAGCAUGGCUGUGUUCGCGGAUUUGGACCUGCGAGCGGGUUCCGACCUGAAGGCUCUGCGCGGGUUGGUGGAAAACGCAGCUCACCUUGGCUAUUCAGUUGUUGCCAUCAAUCAUGUUGUUGAAUUUAAGGAAAAGAAACAGGAAAUUGAAAAACCAGUAGCUGUUUCUGAACUCUUUACAACUUUGCCAAUUGUACAGGGAAAAUCAAGACCCAUCAAAGUUUUAACUAGACUGACAAUUAUAGUUUCGGAUCCAUCUCACUGCAAUGUUUUGAGAGCAACAUCUUCCAGGGUCCGGCUGUACGAUAUCGUUGCAGUUUUUCCAAAGACAGAAAAACUUUUUCAUGUUGCUUGUACACAUUUAGAUGUGGAUUUGGUCUGCAUUACUGUAACAGAGAAACUACCAUUUUACUUCAAAAGACCCCCUAUUAAUGUGGCAAUUGACCGAGGCGUGUGCUUUGAACUUGUCUACAGCCCUGCUAUCAAAGAUUCCACAAUGAGAAGGUACACAAUUUCCAAUGCCCUCAAUUUGAUGCAGGUCUGCAAAGGAAAGAAUGUGAUUCUGUCUAGUGCUGCGGAAAGGCCUUUAGAAAUAAGAGGCCCAUACGAUGUGGCAAACUUAGGACUGCUGUUUGGACUGUCUGAAAGUGACGCCAAGGCUGCCGUGUCCACCAACUGCCGAGCAGUGCUGCUACACGGAGAAACUAGAAAAACUGCUUUUGGAAUUAUUUCCACGGUGAAGAAACCUCGGCCAUCGGAAGCAGAUGAUGAUUCUCUUCCAGCUUGCAAGAAAGCCAAGUGUGAGGGCUGAAAAGACUCCCCAGCCUCUGUCAACACUCCCUUCUUCCCUUUGAUAGUCCAUCAGCCACAACAGAAAUAAAACCUUUAUGAUUUAUUGUUUUCAUUCAGAGCUAGAAAUCAGUAGUUGAUAAAAACAGUUUUAUAGUCAAGCCAUCAAAAUAACAAAACCUAGUGAAGUGGUAAAAAAGAAGACUGCCUACUUAAUGAAUUUAGAUAUACUUUAAGAAAAAAUGAGAGACAAGUUUAUUUAUUUUUUGUGUUAAGUGAUAAAACAGCAGUUGUAAUUGAAUAAGAUGUUUCCAUAUUUCAGGAGACUCUUUAAAAAUGUUUCUUCUUCAUUUAAAAAUACAUGCUUUGCUGCUUUACUUGA